CAAAGAUCGAAGCAAAGAAAGCCAUGGAAAGCAGCAGGAGUCUCUUGUUGCUGUCUCUUCUCCCGUCCCUGCUCCUGAUCCUCGCGGUCCCUGCAGAGGCGGCCGGCGCCGAUGAGCUCCUCAGCUCGUUCAUCGUCCACGUGCAACCCCAGGAGAACCAUGAGUUCGGCACGGCAGACGACCGUACGUCGUGGUACCAGUCGUUCCUCCCCGACAACGGCCGGCUCCUCCACGCGUACCACCACGUCGCCACCGGCUUCGCGGCGCGGCUGACUCGGCAGGAGCUCGACGCGAUCUCCGCCAUGCCCGGGUUCCUCAGCGCAGUGCCCGACAGAACGUACACGGUGCAGACGACGCACACCCCGGAGUUCCUCGGGCUAAACGUGGGGACGCAGCGGAACCAGUCAGGGCUUGGCGCGGGCGUCAUCAUCGGCGUGAUCGACACCGGCAUCUUCCCGGACCAUCCCUCGUUCAGCGACUACGGCAUGCCGCCGCCGCCCGCCAAGUGGAAGGGCCGCUGCGACUUCAACGGCACCGCGUGCAACAACAAGCUCAUCGGCGCGCGCAAUUUCGUCGCGGCCCUCAACAACGGCACCUCCGGCGCUCCGGUGCCACCGGUUGAUGAGGCUGGGCACGGCACCCACACGGCGAGCACCGCGGCCGGAGCGGUCGUGCCGGACGCUAACGUGUUGGGUCAAGCAAUGGGCAUCGCCGCCGGGAUGGCCACACGCGCGCACAUCGCCAUGUACAAGGUGUGCACUAGAGGGUGCUCCGUGUCCGACAUACUGGCCGGCAUCGACGCCGCUGUGGCCGACGGCUGCGACGUCAUCUCCAUAUCUCUAGGCGGGCCGGCGCUGCCGUUUCACCAGGACCCUGUCGCUGUAGCGACGUUCGGCGCCAUGGAGAAGGGCGUGUUUGUCAGCAUGGCCGCUGGCAAUUCCGGCCCGGUCGAGAGUUCUUUAUUGAACGAGGCUCCGUGGAUCCUCACUGUCGCCGCGAGCACAAUGGACCGCUCGAUUCGCUCCACGGUGCAGCUAGGGAACGGCAUGUCUUUCCACGGCGAGUCACUCUACCAGCCACACGACUCGCCAGCUCUCUUCUCCCCGUUGGUCCAAGCGGACGCAAGUGGGAAGCCGCUCGCCGAGUUCUGUGGGAACGGCUCGCUGGAUGGCUUUGACGUCAAGGGGAAAAUGGUACUCUGUGAGUUCGGGGGAAACAUCUCGGCGACCAUCAAAGGUGCGGUGGUGCAGAGCGCCGGCGGUUCUGGUAUGAUCCUGACGAACCAAUUUCUCCAAGGCUACGACACGCUUGCCAAUGCACAUGUCCUCCCAGCGUCACACGUUGGCUACGCCGCGAGCACGGCCAUCAAAUCCUACAUCAACUCUACAACAAUCCCCGUGGCGCGUAUCAGCUUCCAGGGAACAGUACUUGGCACGUCGCCUGCUCCUUCGAUCGUUUUCUUCUCGUCUCGUGGGCCUAGCCUUCAACACACGGGCAUUCUGAAGCCCGACAUCACAGGGCCCGGAGUAAACGUGCUAGCCGCAUGGCCGUUCCAAGUGGCCCCUCCAUCGACACCGGUUCUUCCUGGUCCGACUUUCAACAUCAUCUCCGGCACAUCCAUGUCGACGCCUCACCUCAGUGGCAUUGCUGCGGCGAUCAAGAGCAAGCACCCGGACUGGUCGCCGGCGGCGAUCAAGUCGGCGAUAAUGACAACAGCUGAAAUAACCGACCGCUCCGGUAAUCCCAUACUCAACGAGCAGCACGUGGCUGCGAACUUGUUCGCCACCGGCGCCGGACACGUCAACCCGACGAAGGCCGCUGACCCUGGCCUAGUCUACGACAUAACCCCUGCAGACUACAUUAGCCACCUCUGCAGCAUGUACACGAGCCAAGAGGUCUCGGUGAUAGCGCGGAAGCUGGUCAACUGCUCGGCUAUCGUGGCGAUCGAUGGCAACCAUCUAAAUUACCCAUCAAUAGCAGUCACAUUCCCACCGUCGUCGCGGAAUUCGAACGCGCCGGUGGUGGUGAAGCGCACGGUGAGGAACGUCGGGGAGGUGCCUUCCGUGUACUACCCGGCGGUCGACAUGCCAGACAACGGCAUGUACAUUGAGGUUUUCCCGCACAAGCUGGUGUUCACCGAGGCCAACCAGGAAAUGGAUUUUGAGGUUGUCAUGUGGCCAGGGCAGAGUGGUGCCCGGUUGGUGCAGGGUGCACUACGAUGGGUGUCAGAGAUGCACACCGUGCGGAGCCCCAUCUCCGUCACAUUCGCCUGAUUACAUGCUAGAUUCCGUUUCAGUUCAUAGAUCGUCAUGGUUAAACAAUCUUUAUGUCUUUCGGCAUUUUGGUCUCUUGUUCCUUCGUCUCGAAUUGAUUUCAAAUA